UCAUCUGGAGUCUGACAGCAAGGCGAGCGAAGUUUCAAUAUGGCGACCUCUACUGAUAUGAAAGGAAAUGUUGUUAAAAUGGAAGUUGACUACAGUGAUACUGUAGAUAAGAGGAUACCAGAAUGCGAGAAAUUAGCCACUGAUGGAAAACUCAGUGAAGCUCUGGAGAUCCUUCUAGCUCUAGAGAAGCAAACCAGGACGGUAAGUAAUAUUACAAACAAUACCAUUGUUAGCACGAUACAAGAGUGCUACUGUGACUGUGUGUCUUUUGGAAUUACGCCUAACUUGGCAGUAACAAAAAUGAUCCAGGAGGCCUUUGCCUAUGUAGAACAGACUCCUGACCUGGAGACCAAAUUGAAGCUGAUAGACACACUUAGAACAGUUACAGCUGGAAAGAUAUAUGUUGAAAUUGAGAGAGCUCGUCUAACAAGAAUGCUGGCUAAAAUAAAGGAAGAUGAAGGAGAUAUUGCAGAGGCAGCCAACGUUCUUCAAGAGCUUCAGGUUGAGACAUAUGGAUCAAUGGAGAGACGUGAAAAGGUGGAAUUUAUCUUGGAGCAAAUGAGGUUGUGUCUCGCCAAGAAGGAUUACAUUAGAACACAGAUCAUCAGUAAGAAGAUCAGUCCAAAGUUUUUUGAGAACAACCAAGAACAGGAUUUAAAGUUAAAAUUUUAUCAGAUAAUGAUUGAGGUAGCAAGACAUGAAGGCAGUUAUCUGGAUAUUUGCAAAUACUACAGGGCCAUGUUUGACACACCAUCAGUCCUGGAGGACAAAAGUAAAAAACAUGAGGUAGGCAGAAAAGAAAAUCAAGAAUUUGGUGUGUUUUUGUCAACACGGCAAAGUGGAUUGUAUAGGUAAUCAAAUGAUUUCCAACUUGCAAUUUGGAAUAAAUGUGACCUUCUUUGGAAAAACAGACACUAACGCUUUUUCGUUAAACGGUCAAGAAAACGGUUCUAAAGGGAUACUAAAUGGCUAACUCAAGUGUUUAAAUGGUUUCCAUAACCGUUUAAACGGAUAGCAAAAUAGUCUUUGAAAUAAUAGUCUUAGCAAAAUAGUCUUUGAAAAUAGUCU